AUGCUUAUGUACCCACGUAAGGGUCUCAUCACCGAUCCAUACUCGCAAGAAGACAUCAUCAUACAAGACGAUCAAUACCCUCCAGAGCUGUUCGACCAUUCUUCGCAUUCGCCUCUCCGCCCUCUUCCGCGCCUUCUUCACCCACCUUCUCAUCUCCGACCUUCUCCAUCCCAUACCCCCCCCGCCACCACCGAUAGCCAGUCGUUCGGGGCUGCUUCGAUGACCCCGGCCUCUUCCUACAACCCAUCCUUCGAGAUUCAGGGUCCCAACUCGCCUUCUCAGCAAUACUACCACCCCACCAACACAAACCAAUAUUCGCAAAACUACCCCCUCAUGUUGGCUCAACAACCUAUCGCUGCCGGCAACCAAGGUUGGGACAGCAACCUGCAGCUGCUGAGCCCUGCGCGCAUUCCUUUCCCGCAAAAGCAGUCGCCCAGCCAGUCCGUCUCACCUAACCACCACACUCACCGACGAUCCAAUAGCUCGUCCAAGCCGCUGCCCACUCCAGUGCAGACGCCUAUUCAGAAUUCAUUUUUGGCCGCCCCCUUCCAGAACUACGACCCAUCAACUCAUGAUGGUAGUGCGCUGGAGGCUGAGUCUGCAAUGAGAAAGGCGAUUCUGGAACAACAACAGAAGCACCAGCAAUCACCACCACAGCAGCAACAAAGCGAGUACUCCCACUCGCUGGCCCCCUCAGUCUCGACUGUGAGUCACAACUCUCCGGUGACUCCUCAGACUAGCCUGGACGAGCUCGACGAAUCGAAGAUGACCAAUGGUGAGACCCGAUUUCCUGAUUUUGACCGGUGGAUGGACGAGUACUUACAGACCAACGAAAAUUCAGAAUAUGCCAACAACAGUGCUAUGUCUAUUGGAAUUCCCAAGCUUGACCGAACCAUUUCCGACAUCUACCAGGACGAGCUUUACAACCCCGCUAUCAUGGCCGCUCCGAUGGGUCAGAACAUGAUGACUCCCCGCAACACCAUCGCCGAUCGACUCCAGGCUGCGAACCAGGGCCACAUGUCUGCCCGAUCUAGAUCUCCCGUUAUGAACAUGAACAUGAAUAUGAACAUGAACAUGAAGCGCGAGCGAUCCCCCUUCCGCCAGAACUCGCCUUUUGCUGGUGACAUGAGCUCCGCCCCUCUUCAGCCGCAAAUGGCCACCAGCGUUCCCAUACCAUGUCCCCCCAAGGAUGCGGUCUUGGACUUUAACGAGGGCGAGGAUGCCGCAAUGGCUCCUCUGUUCCCCCCUCAGCAGGCCGACUUUAACCUGGGAGACGCUCUUGGUUUGCGACGCGACAGCGGAUCGAUGCGCUCUGCGCAACCGAUGACUACAAUGGAAGCUUUCCCUGGCCAGUACGCGACUGUCUCACAGCCUCCGUUCACAUUUGCCCCGCAGAUUCAACGCACGCAGCAGAAUAUUUUGCAGCAGGCGCCCGAGUAUGCGGUCUCAAUGUCGGGGAUGCCUCGCGUGGACUCGAAUGGCAGCGACAUGGCCCCGCAGGCGCAGGCCAAGCUACCAGGCUCGGAUCGAAUCAGUCGUCCUAACAACACCAGCUCGGAUGCGGGUACAUACACCUGCACCUAUCAUGGAUGCACCCUCCGAUUUGAGUCUCCAUCGAAGCUCCAGCGUCACAAACGUGAGGCACACCGUCAGACCACACCGGGCGGUCACUUGAUUACCCGCGACACCUCACUACGCAACUCUCAGGCUGGGCCCCACAAGUGUGAGCGGGUGAACCCAUCUACUGGCAAGCCUUGCAACUCAAUCUUUUCCCGACCUUACGAUUUGACCCGCCAUGAGGAUACGAUUCACAAUGCGCGCAAACUUAAGGUCCGGUGCCACCUGUGUACCGAGGAAAAAACCUUCAGUCGCAAUGAUGCCCUGACGCGGCACAUGCGAGUGGUCCAUCCUGAGGUGGACUGGCCUGGCAAGCAACGUCGUCGGGGCAGGGACUGA